CCCCCGCCGCUGCGCUCCCGCUUUCCCGCGACCCCUGAGAUCCUGCAGCUCGCUUGCCUGUCCCUUGCCGUGUCGCCGCUACUGCCGGGCCAUGGCGACCUGCUUUCUGCUGCGGAGCUUUUGGGCCGCGCGUCUCGCGCUGCCGCCUCCGGGCCGCCUCUACCCCGAGCCCGCAGGAGCCCCGCGGCGCAGCUACGCCAGCGGCCUCGCUGGCCUCCACGCCGACCUACUCCGCGGGGACAGCUUCGUGGGCGGCCGCUGGCUCCCAGCCCCCGCCACCUUCCCGGUGUACGACCCGGCCAGCGGCGCCAAGCUGGGCACCGUGGCCGACUGCGGGGUACCCGAGGCCCGCGCUGCUGUGCGCGCCGCCUACGAUGCCUUCAACAGCUGGAAAGGGGUCUCGGUCAAGGAGAGGAGCUCAUUACUCCGUAAGUGGUACGACUUAAUGAUGCAAAAUAAGGACGACCUUGCCAAGAUCAUAACAGCCGAGAGUGGAAAGCCGCUGAAAGAGGCCCAGGGAGAAAUUCUGUAUUCAGCCCUUUUCCUGGAGUGGUUCUCAGAGGAAGCACGCCGUAUUUAUGGAGACAUCAUCUAUACCUCUGCCAAGGACAAGCGAGGGCUAGUUCUCAAGCAGCCCGUUGGUGUGGCGGCCGUCAUCACACCGUGGAAUUUUCCCAGUGCGAUGAUCACCCGGAAAGUGGGGGCCGCCCUGGCAGCUGGCUGCACUGUGGUGGUGAAACCUGCUGAAGACACGCCCUAUUCCGCCCUGGCCCUGGCUCAGCUUGCAAACCAGGCGGGGAUCCCUCCAGGUGUCUACAAUGUCAUCCCCUGCUCUAGAAACAAGGCCAAGGAUGUGGGAGAGGUCCUGUGUACCGAUCCAUUGGUGUCCAAAAUUUCCUUUACUGGCUCGACAGCAACGGGAAAGAUCCUGCUACAUCAUGCAGCAAAUUCUGUGAAGCGUGUCUCUAUGGAGCUGGGUGGCCUCGCCCCAUUCAUUGUCUUUGACAGUGCCAACGUGGACCAGGCUGUCGCAGGGGCAAUGGCAUCUAAGUUUAGGAAUGCUGGGCAGACUUGCGUUUGCUCAAACAGAUUCUUGGUACAGCGGGGCAUCCACGAUUCCUUUGUAACGAAGUUUGCAGAAGCCAUGAAGAAAAGCCUGCGUGUAGGUAACGGAUUUGAGGAAGGAACGACUCAAGGGCCGUUAAUUAAUGAGAAAGCUGUAGAAAAGGUAGAGAAGCAGGUGAAUGACGCAGUUGCCAAAGGGGCCACGGUUGUGACGGGCGGGAAGCGACACCAAAGUGGAGGAAAUUUCUUCGAGCCCACCCUGCUCAGCAAUGUCACCAGGAACAUGCUCUGCAUCACUGAGGAAACCUUCGGGCCCCUCGCACCAGUCAUCAAGUUUGAUAAAGAGGAAGAGGCCAUCGCCAUCGCAAAUGCAGCUGAGGUUGGAUUGGCAGGUUACUUUUACUCUCAAGACCCAGCCCAGAUCUGGAGAGUGGCGGAGCAGCUGGAGGUCGGCAUGGUCGGCGUGAACGAAGGACUGAUCUCGUCAGUGGAAUGUCCUUUCGGUGGGGUGAAACAGUCUGGCCUGGGGCGCGAAGGGUCCAAGUAUGGCAUCGACGAGUACCUAGAGGUCAAGUAUGUGUGCUAUGGAGGCUUGUAGGGUUCUUCGCUUCUUUAAGAAAUAAAACUACCUAGAUCUGUAGGGACAUUCCAUCCAUUUUUUUUACAACAGAUGAGUUAUGAAUUUUUAAAAAUUCAGCCAGUCCUCAUAUCUUAGAUGUAAAUCCUAACCCUUCCCUUAUCUAAGGACCAAUAGAUACCAUAUACCUGUGGCUGUGGGUCCCAGCCAGUCCUGAGACCCCAGCACAACCCCACUGCCUCAGGACAGGGUACAGAGUGAAUGUUCACAUGCCCUCUGGCACCUCACAAAGUGUAGUCAUUGUGUGGGCAGUGGGUCCCCAGUCCUUAUGGAACUGUACAACUUUGGUUCAGAACGCAGGGAAGGAGACGAGGUAAUAGGACAGCUAGAUUAGGAGGAGGUGCGCAUCCCUGCCUAGGCAGCUGUCAGCUUUGAUGAACAGCUGGCUGGCUGUUCCAGGGGGUUGUGGCAAAGGCUAUGGUUUCCUAAGACUUCUUUAUAAACUGCACAGACUUCCUGUGCUAUAUGGAAUAAGGGGGUGUUUCUCCUUGUUUCUGGGCUGCUAUUUAAAUUACUGGGAGCAGAAUUGGCUUUUGUUUUGCUUUGCUUUCUUUGGUUUAUCCUGGUUUGGUUUGGCUUUAUGCGACAGGGUCUUGCUAAGUAGCCGAGCUGGCUUUCAAACUCACAGGUCUCCUGUAUCAGCCACCAAAGUGCUGGGGUCCCAGGCAUGCUCUACCACAGCUGGGUGAAUGGAAGUCUCCAAUGCCCUAAACUUACAGCUCAGGCUUCAUUUUGUUCCUCUUAGAAAAUCAACCCACACUGGUGGCAAAAACCAGCAGAGUCCAGUUGGUAGGACGGAAAACAUGACUUUGUUUCUUUUCCAGUGCUGGGUGUUGAGUCCAUGUGAUAAGUCACACUGGAUGGCCUUGAGCUCCUUAUUGUCCUGCCCCAGCAUCCUCCAUAGCUGGGGUGACAGGCCAAGCCAAUGGACAGCAAGUCCCAGCUGCCUCCUGCUGUCUUGGGUAUGUUGUUUAGGGCUCUGUGCCUAUGUAGAGAUUCAUGCUUGGCUUAAAGGACACUGUGAGCCUGGAAGGAAAAAAAAAUGCUUCACAAAAUGGUGGAUAUGCAGUUCAACUACAGGAACCAUUUUGAUUACAAGCUGUACCUCACUGCCCCCUUCUUGAGCUCAGGAGGUGACUUUGUGGAGGAAAGAAACCAGGUGCCUCCUUGUUCACCUGCCUAAGGCUAUCCUGGGUUUUCUGUGCCAGAGUAUAGCCGCCGCUAACCCUGCAGAAGAGCAAAAUACACUUUCACCACUGUGAAAAAUUCCCACGAUUGCCAGUCUGCUGUGGACAAGAGCUGAAGCCAUGAAUCUCAGGCGCCUUUGUCCUAGGAAAAGCAUUUAUGCUUCGUGAUUC